UGACGCUUGAUUCCCUGCGAUCUGAGGUUGCGCCGCUGAGACAGUGAGUCCGGGGCUGAGCCUGAAGCCUGAGAGAUGAUCACUCCUUGCUGUGUUAGGAGUUGGGGGGCAGUCGCCCGAUCUGCCCGUUUCCUAUUGCUAACUAGAUUAGCUGCCCAGCUCCCCCGGCGUGCCAGCCCGGGGUUCAGUACUUAUGAUGUGGUCAUUGUUGGAGGUGGAAUUGUGGGUCUUGCAUCUGCUCGGCAACUCAUCUUGCGCCAUCCAGCCCUCAGCUUUGCUGUCUUGGAGAAAGAGAAAGAAAUAGCCAUACACCAGAGUGGACAUAACAGUGGAGUUAUUCACAGUGGAAUUUACUACACUCCUGGGUCCCUGAAAGCCAGACUGUGUGUUCGAGGAGCUGCCCUCAUUUAUGAGUAUUGUGACCAGAAGGGAAUCCCUUACAAACAAUGUGGAAAGCUUAUAGUAGCUGUGAAACAUCAGGAAAUCCCAAGAUUGCAAGCUCUCUAUGAGAGAGGUCUUCAGAACAAUGUGCCAGGACUCCGGCUUAUCAGUGCACAAGAUAUCAAGGAGAAAGAACCGUACUGCAGGGGUGUUCUGGCUCUUGAAUCUCCAUACACUGGCAUUGUAAACUACAAACAGGUGGCACAGUCAUACAAAGAUGAUUUCUGUGAUGCAGGGGGAAGUGUUUUAACUGACUUUGAAGUAACCGAUAUAAAAAUGGUUAAUGAAAGUCCUGCUGGGUCUGUACAAGGAAUAGAGUAUCCAGUUGCAAUCAAAAAUAAUAAGGGUGAAGAAGUUCACUGUAAAUAUGUGCUGACAUGUGCAGGGCUCUUCUCAGAUCGGGUGUCUCAGGUCAGCGGGUGCAGUGCAGAACCGCGUAUCGUUCCCUUCCGCGGGGACUACUUGGUGCUGAAACCAGAAAAAUGUUAUCUUGUCAAAGGCAAUAUUUAUCCCGUCCCCAACCCCAGAUUUCCGUUUUUAGGAGUCCAUUUCACUCCCCGAAUGGAUGGAAGUGUUUGGCUUGGCCCAAAUGCUAUUUUGGCCUUCAAGCGUGAGGGCUAUAGGCUAUUUGACUUUAAUGCCAGGGACUUUACAGAAGCAGUUACAUACAGUGGCCUUCAUAAGCUUGUGCUGAAGAAUUUAUCCUAUGGGAUGGGCGAAAUGUACAGAGCAUUUUUUCUCAGUGCUCAGCUCAAGGAACUUCAGAAAUUCAUACCAGAAUUGACAUUCAAUGAUAUUGUCAGGGGCCCAUCGGGUGUUCGAGCUCAGGCUCUUGACCGGGAUGGAAAUUUAGUGGAUGACUUUGUUUUUGAUGGUGGUUCCGGUGACAUAGCAAAUUGUAUUCUACAUGUGAGAAAUGCACCUUCACCAGCUGCCACAUCCUCUCUAGCUAUAUCAGAAAUGAUCACCUCUGAAGUGGAGGAACGUUUUGGACUGUGAUGAACCUGCAUAUAGUUGGCAGACUAAAGGCUACAUUGAGAUAAGGAACAAUUCAAUGUAUCUCACUAUGCUGCUUUAUAUUUAGUGAUGCAGUCUGCAAACCUUAAAACCACUGGAUUCAUAUAUUGAAGGCACUAAGACUUUUGCGCUUAGCAGAACUGUGUUCACCCCAACUCUAACCGCUGGCUUCAAAAUAUUAUCUAUUAACACUGAUGCCAAAUCUCUCUAAUUGACUUCCAGGCCAUCCUUAGUACACUUUGGUUUUGGCAGUUCUUGAUGUGGGGCAGCUACACAUUUUGGGAACCUUUGAAUUAAUCUGUUGCAUUUACUUAUGCUUUCGUUUUGGUACAGCACUACAUCUUUUGGUAAUAAAAGCUGCAUAGAAUGCAGUAUUUGUACUCUGAUUUAACCUUUUAUUUUUACCCUUAGAAGCUCAUAAAAUAAGUAUGUUGAAGUCAGAUCCCUGCUCAAUACGUUGUGAUGCAGAACUGUCCAGCUGUAGGCCCUUAGGCCAAAAAAAAAAUGGAGUUUAUGGCACCCAGAUUUCCCAAGGGCUCCAAUAACGUUUUUAUAUGACAUCAUAAUUUAAGAAUUCGGUUUCCACAUUUAUGGUUUAGACCAGAGCAUCAUUUUCACACUACCUGAAAAAAACAACAUAAAUGUAAUGUAGAUAUAAUCCUCUUGUAACUACCGGGACUCGGGCCUGCUGGAGUCACCGAACUGAAGGGAAUUUCUGUGCACACGAUCACUUCUGAUAAGAAAAUGCAAGUCCGGAAAGGUAGGUGGGGUGGCUGGUUACGCAUAAUGUGCCCGGCAAUGGAAAGUUAUGCUACUGUAAUCUUCAUUUAUAUAAUUGUAAUGGAAAGUUAUUAUAACUAUGCACUGUUUUUGUUUUAAUAAAAACAAAAGCUAUGAAUGUAUUGAUUUUAAUACUACUACAAUCUGAACAUAGUUUGAUUUCCAUUUGCAGCAUUUCCCCCAAUGGAGCCAAUAAAAUCUCCUGCUUAUGUUAGACAUGGAAAUGUCCAUUAUAUGGGGAGUUUAAUUAUUAAAUGCAGAAGGCAGGAAUACAUCUAUGGAGUAAAACCAUAUAUUUGUGUACUAUGAAUUUUGUACAACAAAUCAUCUGGUUCAAGUGGAAAAAUAAAUGCAAUGUGUUGAA